AUGUUAACUUCAUCCUGGAAUGUGGGCCCUUCUCGGCUCUGGGGAGAUCUGAAUUUGACAAUUAAUCAGGGCGUGCAAGUCCCUAGUCUCUUGAAGGUGCCCGGAGGAUUCCGGACUGAAGAGGCCAAGGAGAUGUCAGACAAUCUGCCUCUGUCUUUCUACUUUGGUAUUCCUGAUCGCUUUCUGCAAGGAGAUCGUGGUGUUGGAACAAAACCCCUUUGGAUUAACCAGGCACGACGAAGCUCACCUUACGUGCCCAGUAUCCUGGUUCCUGAUUCCUAUCUGGCUACUAACAACCCUUUCUCAGCUGUCUGUAGUAGCAACAGACAAGGAAGACUGAUCUCUCCAGCAAAAGUCCUGAAAGAUCAAGCAUGUGGUGGGGAUACCCCCAUGGUAGCUGAAGACAUGAUGGAUCCUGAAGAGGGCUCCCGUGAAGGAGGAUUGGCCGUCGAAGAUGCGGGUAGGAUGGAGAUUGCUGCCUUAAAAAAGCAGCUGCAUAAGAUCUCCGGGAGACUGCAAGCUUUGGAGGCCCGCUGCAGCGGCUGGCGUCAGAAGGAGUUCCUGCUCUAUUCUGCCCUGGUCUCAGCCUGUGUUAUUAACACAUGGCUCUGGAUGAGACGUUAA